AAAAUGGCUCGCUUUUUGCUGAUUUCAUUUUUCCUGCUGAGUGUAGCAUUAUCCGAAUUUAUUUUUGAGUACACUCCAAUAGUCUCUCUCAUCGUGCAGCGGAUUGAAUCGACUGACGGAGGGUACGUUGAAGCCGAUGCUCGAUGCGAAAAUGUCGGUUCUGGCUUUUUGGUACACAAGUGAUUGUCAUAAGUGUGGACAGCAACUUUGGGACAUCCAGUACACUGUCUACGCAUUUGGAUCGAGUAAAAAGUAUCUUGUCGCUGCAAACACGUUUAAUGCGGAUGACAGUCUUGUAAAAAAGUACGGCAUAAAGGAGAACCACGAAGAAGUCACGGCCCUUCUGUUUGUGGAGGGCAGUGAGGAUUACCUUACAAUGGAUGAAGAUGACACUCUGGUAGGUUUGAAUCCACUAUGUAAACGUAGUUGGAGUGGGUUUCACAGCACACCGGCCUUGUUCCCAAUCCCGAUUACUCGAUGGUGA